ACUCCUUGCCUUGGUGCCUUGGUGACUAACUCAUUUUGUUUUCCAUUCUCGUUUCUCCCUUUCGUCACAGAUGAGGAAAUCGACGUUGUCUCGCUUAACGACAAGAAGCUGCCGACGAAUCCCUCGGACCGCGAUCGUCGCGUCCUCCAGACGAAGGUGGCCAACAAAAUCUCGAGCGACAAUCGCAUCGUGGUUCAUCGCUCGUCCAGGCGCUAUGAGCUGCCCUAUACGCCGGCCAGCAGCAGUCCCGUUAAGUCUGUGGCCAACUCUCGCUACCCGUCGCCCUCGAGCACGCCCUUCCAGGGCGCAGGCGCAGGCGCAGGGGUAGCCACCUACUCGCCCGAGAGCAGCAGCAGCAGCGACUGCCUAAGUCCGCCCUGCGUCAUUGGCGUGGCGCCGCUCGGCAAGAAGAACCGCAAGCGCUUCUACAUGCCCGACUGCAACGAGUUCUUGCUGGCGGCGUCCAAGCGUCAGGCACGUUCCUAUAUGCUCGCCAAGCAGCGCCCGCGGAAGCGUGGGAAGUUCAGCUCAAACGGCUUCGAUGCCAAGGACGUCCGCAGCGUCUUGUCGAAUGGCAGCAACUGCACCAGCAUUGGCACCAUCACCAGCAGCAGCAACAGCAACGUCAGCAACGUCAGCAGCAGCAGCAGCAGUAGCAGCAGCAGCAGCAGCAACAGCAGCAGUCACAGCCACAGCAUCAACAGCAACGCGCUGAAACGCCAUCUGAGCGUCGACGAGGCGGAUACGAUUGAGAAGCGUAAUCUGCAUAACGAUAUGGAGCGUCAGCGUCGCAUCGGACUCAAGAAUCUGUUCGAGGCACUCAAGACGCAAAUACCCAAUAUUAGGGACAAGGAGCGUGCGCCCAAGGUGAACAUCCUGAGGGAGGCGGCCAGGCUCUGCGAGCAGCUGACCAGCGAGGAGCGGGACCUGAACGUCAAACGUCAGCUGUUGAAGGCUAAGCUCAAGCAGCAGCAGGAGCUGUUGGCGCGCCUGCGCAUGAGUCUGAGUAAGAAUGCCGCUGAAUGAUGAUAGCCCUAAAAGAG